CCCCGUGGUAUUACGUUUGGGGAAGUUGCUCAAUAUCGGAAAACACACAUUUCACUGAGGUGUGAACCAAACAUUAGUUUGUCAUCUUUUUUGCUUUUAAGAGAACACUCGAAGGGUGGUUAAUUAACACUCAGAAAGCGCUCAUGGGGGUCAAUAUGACUGUCAGAUAAAACCGCAGUGGUCUGCAGACUUGAAUCCGUGGGAGAAUGGCGAGUUCGGUGACUUCCGCUACUUACAUUCGCAACAUCAGCUACGGUUUACGUCGCAAGUUGUCCGACUUCCUGGAUCCCCAAGAAAGGUGGAAAGAAGUAGCCGUGAAUAUACUCAAACCCAGCGGGGAGCCGAGGUACUCCCAGCAUCAUAUCAGGAGGUUCGAGGGUCUGGUGUUGCAGGGCCGGAGCCCCACGGUGGAGCUGCUCAACGACUGGGGCACCACCAGCUGCACGGUGGGGGACCUGGUGGACAUCUUAAAGAGUCAGCUGUUACUGGCUGCUGCCAGUCUGCUGCUCCCAGACACGGUAGAAGAGUAUUCAUCAGCUAAGACGCGGGAGGACGCCACAGUAAAACCAAAUGGACCUCCUUCGACCAGACUGCUGGGAGACGCUCGUCCUUCACCCACCAGCUCUACUCAACGAACAGAAAUACUGUCGGGCAACAGUGAAGGAGGACAUGCAGGUUUCUCCAGUUUCUCGUUCAGUGACCUGAGGAGGAUUACCGGCAACUUUGACGACCGCUCCACGUCAAACGGUGGCAGUCGCAUCGGAGAGGGAGGCUUCGGGACGGUGUACAAAGGUCUGCUGAACGGCAGACUCGUUGCAGUCAAAAAACUUAAUCCAAUUGAUGACAUGCCAAUGGACGAGCUGCAAGGUCAGUUUAAUCAAGAGAUCCAGACUCUGCAAGUGCUCAAACACGACAACCUGGUAGACAUGGUGGGAUUUUCCUGCGAUGAGCAGCAGCUGUGUUUAGUGUAUGCCUUCAUGGCUAACGGAUCUUUGCUGGAUCGCCUGGCUUGCCUGGAUGGAAGUCCUCUCCUCUCCUGGCGACAGAGAUGCUCGAUAGCAGAAGGCACGGCCCGAGGUCUGGAGUAUCUGCACUCUAACCAUCAUGUCCACAGAGAUGUCAAAAGCGCAAACAUCCUUUUGGAUGAAAAUUUAGUGCCAAAAAUCUCUGACUUUGGGCUGACCAGAGCGUCGGCCAAAGGCACGUCGACGACCAUGAUGACGGAGAGGAUUAUGGGAACCAGCGCUUACAUGGCGCCCGAGGCACUCAGGGGAAACAUCACCCCAAAGUCUGAUGUCUUUAGCUUUGGAGUGGUGUUGUUAGAAAUACUGUCUGGACUCCCGCCAGCUGAUGAAAACCAGGAGCCUCAACUCUUGAUGGAGGUGAGGUAUAAUAUCGAUGAUGAAGAUGAAGAGCUGACUCUGCAGGACUUUGUGGAUAAAAAGAUGAGAGACUGGGAGAUGAGCCAGGUGGAGAGCAUCUACUGUCUGGCGUCUAACUGCCUCCACGACAGGAGAAACAUGCGGCCAGCCAUCAAGCAGGUCGUCUCAGAGAUCCACAGUGUCGUCAAAAGCAUUUUCCUGGAAUCUCAGGCUCAGGACUAAAACUUCCCGGAAAAGAUGAAGCCAGAACGGCGCCCAGACUGAUGACUUUAUUCUCUCCUCAGCAGUUUUAAAGACAUGAAUUUUACUCACCAUGGACUGUGAUGUUCUCUGUGCAGACCUGCAACCCCGUUAUGACUAUAUUUUCCUCUUUUAGAAGCUUUAUUUUUAUAUGAUUUGCCUUGAGGCAAAUAUAUUUUUAAGAUUUCACAUUAAACCCAUUCUCGUCUCAAUUCUUUGUAU